AUGAGUAGACGUCCCAGAGGCGGCAGACCAAAUGAAAACUUUGUUAACCUUCAAAGGGAUAUAAGACUACCGGGGACACCACGUCCCAUAAAGCCCGUAGAGGACAACAUUGAUCGAACACCUGAAUAUAAAGCUUUCAUGAAAAGUCUUGAAGAAUUUCAUAGAGCCCAUGG